AUGGGGCAGGAGGGGAUGGGGUACAACAGCAAGGGGGGAGGAGGAGGUGGAGGAGGAGGCGGCGGGGGAGGGCUGCCGAUGACGGCGCCGCGGCCGCGGGGCGCGUCGCCGCUCCACCACCACAGCCGGUCGCGCAAGAUCCACCGCACUUUCAACAACCUCAAGAUUACCGUGCUCUGCGGCCUCGUCACCAUCCUCGUCCUGCGGGGCACCAUCGGCCUCAACCUCUCCCUCCCCUCGCAGCCCUCCGACGCCGACGCGCUCGCAGACGCCAAGGCCGUCGAGGACAUCGACCGCAUCCUCCGCGAGAUCCGCUCCGACUCCGGGCCCGACCCCGACGACGAGGGCGACUUCAGCGCCUCCUCCGGGUUCAACGCCACCGCGCUCAGCGCCACCGAGGCCGCCGCGGCGUACGCGGCCGCCGUCGGCAAAUACGCGCUCGGCCCCAAGAUCUCCGACUGGGACGCGCAGCGGCGACGGUGGCUAGCACAGAACCCGGGCUUCCCGGUCACCGUUGCCGGGGGCAAGCCCAGGAUUAUGCUCGUCACCGGCUCGCAGCCUGGGCCCUGCGACAACCCGCUCGGCGACCACUACCUGCUCAAGACUACCAAGAACAAGAUCGAUUACUGCCGUCUCCAUGGCAUCGAGAUUGUCCACAACCUCGCGCACCUUGACAACGAGCUCGCCGGAUACUGGGCCAAAUUGCCGCUGCUCCGCCGCCUCAUGCUCUCCCACCCGGAGGUCGAGUGGAUCUGGUGGAUGGACAGCGACGCGCUCUUCACCGACAUGGCGUUCGAGCUGCCCCUGGCGCGCUACGAUGGCCACAACCUCAUCAUUCACGGCUACCAGGACCUCCUCUUCGAGAAGCACUCCUGGAUUGCUCUCAACACCGGCAGCUUCCUCUUCAAGAAUUGCCAGUGGUCGCUUGACCUCCUGGACGCAUGGGCACCCAUGGGCCCCAAGGGGUUCAUCCGUGACCAGGCCGGCAAGGUACUCACGGCGAACCUCAAGGGCCGGCCAGCAUUCGAGGCCGACGACCAGUCCGCACUGAUUUACCUCUUGCUCUCGCAAAAGGACAAGUGGAUGGACAAGGUGUUCAUUGAGAAUUCGUACUACUUGCAUGGCUUCUGGGCUGGGCUGGUGGACAAGUAUGAGGAGAUGAUGGAGAAUCACCACCCAGGCCACGGUGACGAGCGGUGGCCUUUUGUGACUCACUUUGUUGGGUGCAAGCCAUGUGGGAGCUAUGGGGAUUACCCAGCGGAGCGCUGCCUCAGGAGCAUGGAGCGAGCGUUUAAUUUUGCUGACAACCAGGUGCUUCGGCUAUAUGGUUUCUCACACAAGGGGCUGGAAAGCCCCAAGAUCAAGAGAACCAGGGAUCAGACAACCAGACCGAUUAAUGAUGUGGAGAACUUAGAUAUGAAGGCCAAAAUAUCCACAAUUUCCUGA